UUCAUACCUGCUUUAUACAAAAAUAACAUUUAUACUAAUAAUACCACCAGUUCUUACAGUUUUUACAGCUUCAGUUCGGUUAUUUAUCAGACUGUGUACGUACCGCUGUCCAAAAGUUCACUCUUCGAUCUUAUAGACUAAAUAAUACGAAUUAUUUUCACUUCUCCUUCGUCGAACGGUAACACAUAGAUAUUAUAGAUAGAGUCGUUAGAAGACAGCUCCCCUACUCUAUCUGUGAUGUUUCUACAUAGAUAAAGAAGUAUCUCGAUGAAUCUCAUCUUAACUAUCAAUAUCCAAUCAUAUCGGAUCUAUCUAUCGGUGAUACUGUUAUCUUUGCGCCUUGCUAUUGCAUUUCUUUAAUUUUAAUUCAUUUUUUUCUCUCGCUCUUAUCUCCGUCUGAUAACCGGUCCAAGUUCAACCCUAAUUCACGAUCCGAGUCGUCGUUCCUUUUUCUUGUUUUUUCUUUCUUUUAAUCCUUUUACACCUUUCGACAGGCGAUACAAUUAGAAUGGCGAAUAUUGUCACGAGAUUGUAUUGUGUACGUGAUAUCUGUUGGAACUUUAGUAGUGAUAAUGUGGGACGGGCUGAUCGAGUGGUACGAAGCGACGGUUUUGCUAGCGUUGUUCUUUAUUUACCUGGUCCUGCUGUUCGGUGGUAAAUGGGCCCUGCGAUCUUGCUCCAGCGAGGGGAAAGGCUCCACUGUGGUGCUGGUCAGUGUCAUCGAGAGCUCGUCGCACGUGGAUUUGUCCAAGCCACGUUUCAGGAACGGCUUAGAUUACCUAGAGAAUGGGAUAACCGUUGUACGAGAACAUCAACAAAAUGGACGACACGACCUGGACAUUGCUAGCCAAUCCGGGAGAUCGGAAGAAGCCGAGGAAAUAGAAAACCUGUUUGCAUGGCCAACGGAGAAGCAAGUGCUGUUGAAAUGCUGGUUCUUGUUGAGCUGGCCGUUGAAGUUCCUGCUGUUCGUGACGGUACCAGACACUAGACGCGAACGGUUCAAGAAUUGGUACCCCUUGACGUUCGUCAUGUGCGUGAUUUGGAUCGCGAUAGCAUCUUACUUGGUCUCCUGGAUGAUGACGGUCGUUGGAGUGACCAUAGGCAUCCCAGACUCCAUCAUGGGCAUCACGUUCCUGGCUGGUGGAGGAAACAUACCGGAACUCGCGUCCAUCGUGAUUUUAGCGAGACAGGGUGACGGGAACAUGGCGAUGAGCAACACCCUGGGGGCGAACAUUCUCGAUAUUCUACUCUGCCUGGGUCUACCAUGGCUAGUGAAGUGUCUGCUCACUGGGAGUUCCGUGAAGAUCGUGUCCGGGGCUCUUUCGUACAGCGUACUUUCAUUAGUCAUUUGCAUAAUCAUCCUAUUCACGGUCAUCGCAUCUUUUAAAUUUAAGCUGAACAAGAAGUAUUCAACGAUCAUAGUCAUGCCCAUUGGUAUUCACGAAUGCCAUGGAGAAGACGACGAGCGUCCGCCAGAGACAGGAAGGAUAAAAGGGGCGAACAAGUGAAAAAAAAUUAAUGAAAAUUGUGCUGUCGAUAGUGAACAUCGAUAACGAUGGGGCUGAUAAGAUUAUAUGUCGAUAAUAUUCUCAGGUUCUCAGGUUCUUGACAUACAUUUUCGACAUCGAUACUCUUCUGUAACGCGUCCUUGGUCGCGUCAAUGCCGUGCACACUUUGUGUAUCGAAGUGGAUUAACAUUUUGCAAUGGCGUCGCUGCGACGCAAACUAAAUGAACGAUAUAAAUUAAUAAAAUUGAAAUUGUAAGCACAAAUUUUGGUGGUAGAAGGAAAUUAAAGAAAGUAGGGGUACAUGCCGCGGUGGUGGAAACAACACGAUGAAGACUUGUCUUCAGGAUAGAGACAAAUUCUUUGACAAGGACAAUUUUCUCAAAAAUCGAUGAAGAUCAAAAAGUCGUUAACAGGAAUUUUGUUGACGCAAUAUAUUAUAGUUCAGUUCCAAUUAGAGGAGGGCUAUCCCUAUCGAGAUAAGCUAUUACGAAAGAAUUCAAUUAAGAAAAUGUAGAAAAGAAGUAUCGAUUAAACUCCGAUGCCUAGCACUACAAUCUAUUUAUAUGAUAUUUGUAUCAAUCAGUGUUUCUUAUGAAACUAUUGAAGAUUGAUAUAUUGAUAAGUGUAAACUCUAUUAAUUGAUAUGUGUCGAUACUUUUGCGUAGAAAUCAAACCAGAAUGGUAGAAAGUGGCAUUUUAUUAUCUGUUAUCAAUAUGGUACACCCCAUCGAUAGUGAUUGACUAUUAGAAUGCAGUCCUGGGCACUUUCGAAUCAACAUUAUUUGAAAUACCAUUUAAAUUAUUUAAUUAUUUUCGAAAUGCAGUUGUCGAAAACAACUUGAACAAUAUGUAUAGUAUGUUUCUCUAUUCGAAGCAACGAAACAAUGAAAUUCUCUUUGUUAGGAAUAACUAGUGUUUACAUGUUUCGUUAGAAGCUUAUUUUAUCACCUUAUUUAAAAGUGACGAAUAAAUGCUUAGAUAGACGAGUAAUAAGUAUCGAUACGCCAUAGAAACGAUAAUAUUAUUAUUUCGAAGCUUACAAUAGCUCAGCUAUUUAUAGUUUCAAGUACAUAACGUGACAAUGAUUACCAUUAAUCACGAAUAUGCAGAGUAUCCAACAGGUUCCCAUACAAAAAUUUACUAUUCUAUGCUCAAGG